AUGGCAUCCCGCGAGGGGGAUGGUGCAAAGAAGACGGUCUCCAUCUCUCCUCUUCUCAAGCGCCUCGCAUAUCCGUCAGCCGCCGAAAUACAGGUGCAAGCAUCAGAGAUAGCGUCAGCUUUCGCGCUAAUCUUCGAGGACCGACUGAGCGUUGUGCAAAGCACUGCGCUUCUAACACUUUUGCAUUCCACGCGCAAGGACAAAGAUGCUGCAGUUAUCGCCCAAUGCUCUCAGCGAAUGCGGGAAGCCGCUAGCAAAAUCAAAAGGCCAGCAUUGCGAGAAGCCAUCAGGGGACGGAAUCUCAGGUUAGGACAGUACAGAGGAGGACUGUGUGACAUUGUCGGCACAGGGGGCGACUCCCAUUCCACCUUCAACGUCUCCACGACUGCGUCCAUCAUAGCAUCGCCUUUUCUUCUGACUGCCAAACAUGGCAACCGAGCACAAACCUCCAUGUCCGGUUCCGCUGAUGUGCUCAACGCCAUUUCUCCCAAACCGCCUAAACUGUCUGCUCUCACCGCCGAGAAAUUGCCCCAGAUCUAUCGCUUAACAAAUUACGCCUUUUUGUUCGCGCCCAACUUUCACCCAGGAAUGGAAAACGUAGCCUGCGUCCGAAGAGACCUAGGGAUUCGCACUAUUUUCAAUCUCCUGGGGCCUCUAGCCAACCCGGUAGACUGGGCAAUCGAAGCCCGUAUCGUUGGAGUUGCAUAUCAGGAGCUCGGCCCAGUCUUCGCGGAAGCGCUACAGCUCUCCGGCACGAAAAAAGCAUUGGUAGUCUGUGGCGCAGAGGAUCUGGAUGAGAUCAGUUGUGCUGGGCCGACAAAUUGCUGGAUGUUGAAAGAGGUGCCCAAUCCGAAAUACAGGGGCCCUAUGACCGAAGACGGCGAGGAGUAUACGACAAGUGACGAUGACGCACCAUCUCGAACAAUUUCUCGGCUUGAGAAGUUCCAGCUCUCGCCCGUGGAUUUUGGGCUCCCAACUCAUCCACUCUCCGAAGUGUAUAGUGGAAAAAUGCCGAAGGAGAACGCGGCCAAGCUGAUGAGCAUCCUAAGGAAUGAGUUAAGGCCAGAUGAUCCGAUUCUAGAUUUUGUGCUGCUCAAUACUGCAGCGUUGUUGGUGAUCAGUGGAGUUUGUGAAGGCGACGAAUGCAAGACAGGCAGGGUGGUCAAGGAACGAGGCGCUGGAGGACAGCGAUGGAAGGAGGGCGUGCGGAAGGCCAGGUGGUGUAUAGAGAGUGGCCAGGCCCUUCUCCAGUUAGAAAAAUUCGUCGAGGCUACGAAUUCAUUCUAG